GUAAUGAAAAUUGUUGAACAGCUACUGAUUCCUACUGUGCAGACUCAGCAGUGUGAGCUAAGAAUAUGGAACAAGGAGGAGCUGGUUAUCGGAUAGAACUGGCACCAAAUAGUCGCGCAGGUUGCAAGGGAUCCAUGUGCAAAAAGGCUAAAAUCCCAGAGGGAACCUUGCGGUUUGGUACCUUCGUGGACUCAGGUCGCUUUCAGAGUUGGAAUUGGAAGCACUGGGGCUGCGUUACACCGAGAAUACUUAAAAAUGUGAAAGCCAGAAUGGGCGGCGACAUAUGGAACAACCUCGACGGUAUUACAGCCCUUCCCGAAGACUUGGCUGAGAAAGUAGUUUCUGCAAUCGAAACUGGUCAUGUCGCACCCGAAGACGAGAGACAGAGUAGGUCUUUCGCCAAAGAAAAUGCGCUUGGUACAGCUGCUCGCAAACAAGUAAUGUUACGGAAAAAAAAAAGGCAAGAAGGUAACAUUGUACCGCUACAAACAACACUCCUAAGCUUUAAAAAGGAGCCGGUAAUUAUUCGCAAAAACAGGCGGCAUCAUCUGGUUGAGAAAUCAGUUCUUAGCGAUUCUGACAUUGAGGCUGAAUUUUCAGAUGAUUCUAACGGGAACUCUUCCUAAAGAUGUACACUUCUACGAUUGUUAUGUUGUUGCUAAGGUCCUCUAUUUUUGAUAUGGUGUAAUUUUGAAUUAUCGACUGUGAUAAACAGUAUGAAUAGCUUUACGAUUUUAUAAGUUACAAAAGACGCUAAUGUAUUAAUGAUUAUGCUUUCAUGUAAGUCA